AUGGCUUGUGUUCUCAUACCGUUCCGUCGGGAAAAAACAAGAGCUGAUAAGUUUUUGAUCACAGCAUCUGUUUCGCUACUGAAUGUUGAAUUACGCAAGAAAAGGUGGUAAGCGACACGAUAAAGUAUUUUCUUUCUCUCUUUUCUAUUAAGAGUUUAGUCUUCGAAGCUGCUUGUCUCACAGAGUCAAAUUAUUUUUUACUUUUCAGAUUAGAAAAUGAUCAAAAGUUAAACUCUGACGAAGCAUACAAUUUCGGAAACAAUAUAAACUUCAUUAUGAUUAAUUGAAUUGAGGAAAAAAACAUGCGUUUUAGAAUUUGGUUGAGUUCGAUUUCACUGUUGAAUACCGCGUGAGACUUAAGCAACAGAAGCAAAGGGUUAUUCCCCAAACUGAAUAUUGUUUGCUCUUUGAAGUUGCAAGACUCGGUGAAAAACAAAUACUAGGCUAAUUGGUAUUUUCCACGGCGGUGCUGCGAGAGAAAGUUUUUUGAUAACGGUCAAUCAUUAACAGCGAUGGGGAGGGAGGGGUAAGUUUUACUAGUUACCAGUCUUGGCAUAAAGACGUCAUGGCGGACGCCUUGAAGAUACGAUGUACUUCUUUGUCUUUUGUCGUAUUCCAAAAUGACAAAAGAUUUAAGUGCAUCUCAUCCCUUGAAUCGUAAAACGCCAAUCGCUUAUACAAGGGUAGAAUCUGCACUGAACAAAAAUAUGGUUAACUAUGGCAACUUUCUCACAUUAUGCUGACAUUCGUGUUUUGUUCCUCAAUUAGGAAUCCCCACAAGCUUGCGGUUUUUUGGAAAAAAAGGAAAGUGAAAUACAGUACAAAGGUAGUCAACUUAGACUUUGGAUCUCGUAUCUUUCUCUCUUAGCUCACUAAACGCUAUUGAUGUCUUAAUCGUCAGUUUGAGUUAAAGAAAUAUUUCUUGCAAUUACUUUUUCUCUCAGCCUGUAGCAUGGUUUGGAGGUGUUGAAAAUGGUUAUCGUGGUGUUCAUUUUUGGCCUGAGCCUGAUCCAGUAGAUAGUAAAGUUACUCUCCUCAAGGUAAGUUUCAAACAAAGGCAACAUGAGGUACAAAUAUGGGGACAUAUUUCCGUAAAGUGCCACAGCAUUCGGAAACGAAAUUGUGGUCCAAAGGCUUGCUUUCGUUAUAGCUUUCUUUAUCCAAGAGCUCUAUGCAUAAUGAACUACGGGGAAGUGCGGAAAUCUUGGCCAACUUUUUGAAACCAUCGUCUUCGUAAACACGUUAUACCCACUUACUGAAGCCUUCCUUGCUUUUUUCUUAGGCUUGCUCCUUCCUCCGAUUCAAUUUGCGUUACGUUUUAAGAAAUUUUGAAAUAAAAACAGUCCAUCUUUCGUUGUGAAGACUUUUUGAAGCCACAAGGUUUUCAAUAUGGCUUAGCCUCUUGCAUUGGAUUUACUAAGUAAUAUUAUGCUAAUUUAUUAAUGUUAAAUCUAAUAUAACUUUCAUUGUAAAAGUUCAAAGUACAACAGCUGAAGAGAAAAAAAAUUAUGAAAUGCUAUUGAAUCUAUGAAACGUUUGAGGACAGAUGAUUAAAUUUAUAUUGCCAAAACCAUGAUAUGAACUUUAUUUCACAAUAUUGCUCCCUAGAGGUUAAAAGACACUGCACUGGCAAAAUUAAUAGGGACCUUAACAAGUCAGGAGAGUGAUGCCAAGGAAGACAAACUGAUUAAAAAAUAAAUCUAUAUUUUGUUUGGAAUUUCCUGUAUGGCGGCAUGAAUGUUUUUGCUGUCUCUAACAGUGCCGCAUCUCAACCUCUGCAUAAUGUGUGUGAUUCACAUUGAGUUCCAUAUUGAAAGUGAAUUAAUUUUCUGUCAGUGUUCCUGUACACAGACCACAGACCAUGCCAAAUUUGGUUACUUCACGUUGUUGUUUGGCCAAGGACAGCUUCAACAUAAAAAAAGUUCUAAACACUAGUGCUUAGCUAUUGUUCUGCUCAUUUGGUCUUUUGUUUUGCCACAUAUUUGUUUCCAUCAUUCUCAUGAUUUGUCCAAGGUCCCUAAUAUUGUUGUUAUCAAGUUUGUUUCUUUGUUUUAAAACAAUAUUUAUUUGUAUUUGUAGAACCCAGAAGAUGAAAUGACAGAAUAUCAAGAAAAGCAGUGGAAUAUUUACAUCUGUAAUGUAAGCUUUUCCCUUUUCAAUAUUAUGCAAGCAUGUAGUUGCUCUUUAAUAUUAUUUUCACUCCACACAGUUUGGAGUAAAUCUGAACACUGUUCAUCUUCCUCUUGCUUCUUUGAAAUCAUUAGGUGUCUCCCAGUGGUUGUCAACAGCUUCUGGCCACUGGCUGUAUUGAUAUCAGCAAUUAUAUUACAGAGAUGCCUGGAAAAGUGGACGUUACUGUCACCCUUAAGCCAAGCAAUCAAGAAAGUUGUUUGUGGCAAAAUUGA